CAGAUGGCAAGGAACUGGUCAUGUCCACGUGGGACAGCAGGAGGCAGCUCGAGUCCUGUUCUUUGGAGUCUGCUGAAUUGCAGGUGCAGUCAUUUCUGUCCCAGUGCCUGAGAGACAGACAGCAUGUAUUCUAUUUAAAAUAAAAUGUCAUCUAUAAAUCCUAAUCACCUCAUAGGGGCUUGUUUUCAUCCUCUAGAGAAAUACACUUCUCUCCCAGGGUUAAACACUCUCCCUCUCCUGGGAUACAAAAUGUAAAUGGCUGCCCUAACCAUCCUUCUACAGAAUCUACACUAUAAAGUUACAUUCAAAGAUCAAACAGUAUGAUUGAAUUCUUACAGACAGGUAAAGGGUGAGAGGGGAGAGGAUCUAAACACAUUUAUUCCACUACAGAGAUUUGGGCAGGAUGAAAUGUAAGCAUUUUUAGAGAUUGUUGGUGUACAUACUAUGUGUGUCCCUUAUACCAACAUAAUUUUAAAAAUUGUGGUGGCAUUUUUAGGAAGUUACUCUCCCACAAAGUGCAAUCUGAUUCCUUACAAAUGAUACUAAUGAGUAAAGCCGGUGUACAGAGCAAAAAAAUAUUUCAUGUCUGCUUCUAUGCUAAUAUGACACUGUCUGAAAUAUAGUAGGAUAAGAUACACAAUAUAUAAUUAAUAAAACUUCCUACCCCGCCCCCCCACCCCCCUAAUUUCUGUAAAAGAACUAGUAAAUGACAAUUUUAACUUUGUACAUAAUUUACAUAUUAUAGAUAUUAUUGAACAUCAGUUCAUGCACGAAAACAUUGUUAUAUUUAUUCUCUAACCAUGCAGCCCAUGUUUAAAAAAGAAAACAAAAAAAGUUGUGCUAAUUUUCUACAUGAAAAGUACUUGAUAGUGAAGGGGUUAAACAAUUUUAUUAGUAGCAGCAUUUAGUAGAAUGUUUCAAGUAGAUUUGAUAAUAACUGAUAAAGUUGUACAGAUUCAAAUGUGGCAUUUAAAGUUCAUCUUACAGAGUAAAUGUCAGCCCUCUGGCUGUCUCCUCUCCUACCAGAUUGUGAAUGAAAAAAAUCUCAACAUUCAGCAAUACUUGAUCCUUUUCACAGGACAUGCAGGGGGAGGGGUCUGGGUGCUUGACACACUCAUUGAAGCAACACUAACAGAGAAUGUAUUUGUGCAUGGUGGGUUAGACUCAUUAUAUGUCAAUUGCAAGUCCCUCCUAUAUAUAAUACGAUUUAGCUAUCAGAAACCCCCUUACAAAGGGAGCUCACUCACUCCAUGUGUGAGGCUGCUGUCUCCUGGCUGUGGUGCUGAAGUGAGUGUUGAAGGCAUGUGGAAUAUCCCAGGCUUGCUACUUUCCUGUGUGAUCUGGACUGUGCUGGGGUUCCCCAAUGAGUGGACCAGCCUGCGUGUGCAUGGAUGUGCCCAGGUGUCUAUUCUGGGAGCGAACCUUCUGUAUCAAGUGUCAGAUGGCAAGGAACUGGUCAUGUCCACGUGGGACAGUAGGAGGCAGCUCGAGUCCUGUUCUUUGGAGUCUGCUGAAUUGCAGGUGCAGUCAUUUCUGUCCCAGUGCCUGAGAGACAGACAGCAUGCUGGGGGGGACUCAGUCCAUGGGGAGUUUGCUAAAGCCAAGCUGGCCUGCCAAAUCUUUAAGCUGGCAGACUCACCCUGGGCCAGGGAGGACAACAGACAACAGCAUCUACACAGAGUCAAGAGGGGCUUCACCUACCCAGGGACCCUGUGGUGUGGAUCUGGCAACAUCGCUGAAUCCUAUGAUGAUCUAGGUAGGUAGUUUCAGAAGUCUAUUCAUCAUAUCCGUGAUUUUCAUAUGUUGAAAAAAUACACUCUUUUUGCCAUUUGCUGACCCUCUGUGUGUCUCUUUGUGUUUUCCUCUAAGUUCAUUCAUUUAAAAAGUGUUACUAGGAGUCAGUAAUGCAGUUUAACUAUAUCAAUGGCUAAAGUGCUCUUGCCUUUAGUCAUCAUUGUGUAGUCUGGUGAGGUGACUCACUGUGAGUGUGUAUAAUAUGAAAGGUGUGUUCUAUCCUGAGGAAUUUGUCUGUGUCAUUCAAACAGUGGGUAUUGCCAAAGAUACAUUUUGCAACAUGUGUUUAAUGUUCCUGAGAAGUGCCAAUGUUAAGUAAUCAUUGCAAAACGUUGCAUCCAAAAGGACAGCUGGGAAACUGCAUGUAAGUGUGUAUAGGAAAAUUUCUGGAAAAAGAAAGAAAUAUAUGUGUAUUCAGUUAUGUACAGAAUUGUGUAUACUUCAUGGAUAGUAAUAUAGAUAUAAACCACUUUAAUGCAUCUAUCUGUAUUAGGUACAUCUGUCUACACUUUCUGCUGGCCAUUUCAUCCUCCUUUGGGUCCAUUUCUGUUUCCUCUCCCCUCCCUCCCAUCUGUCUCUGUACUCAUUUGGCCCCCAACACCCUCUACCUCUGGCCCCUCUUCAUCCAUUUUUGCUUGGCUUGCUACCUUCAGGAACUUGUGCCCUUUCUCUCCCUCUGCCCAUAUUUCCGCUCUCUUUGUGGUCAGACUUGGUCUGGUACCUUGCCCAGCUCUCAUUGGGUCAGUGUCACCAUUCUCCCGCUUCAUAUGUGCCAAAUGUAGUCCCUUCAGUUGUCUUAGACACACAUUUUGUUCUCAUUUUACAGCCUUCUAUUGCCUAAUUUAAAUAUUGCAAGUGUUGCCAUUGUGUUGGUUGCCAUAACAACAUGUGAUAUUUGGGAAGGUUUCUGUUGCCAUGACAGUGUCUGGGCAGACAACUUUGUGUGUUUAGCUAGACAACUAGAUAGACAGACUGACAGAUAUUAUUAGGGGUGAGUGCUUUAAAAUAACACGCCACACUGGGAAGAAAAAUAAACAAAACAAUAAAUCACAGUUUAGUAAAUAUAGCCGCAAUAAAUGCAUGCAUGUAUUUUUUCAUAAAUGUAUUCAUUGGGAGUAUAUCUUAAAAUAGCUUGCAAAGGCUGUAGUUCUUAUGAACCUUUAGGUAUGGUUUGUACCUAACUCUUUUUUUAUACUAAACUCUCAUGAUUCUCAGCCUACAUGUGACUAACCUAACCUCCAUGGAGCACAGCUCCUCACACUGCCAUACUUCCUAUUACAAAUACAUUGAAAAUAAUACAAUCUAAAAAUAUAUAUUUGAAGUUCCAAAAUGUGCUCCAGACCCCAGACUGUGCAGCUUGUGUUUUCAACAAACCAGGAAGUAAAGCAGCCAUGGUUGAUGCUGUCUUUUUUUCUAUAGCACUGCUGUGCUUAUCCUAUCAGGAAUGCUGUAUGAGCACUGCAAGUAGAGAUGUAGUUCAGUUAUUCAAUUCAUUCUGUAGGCAGAUCCAACAGAUGGACUCCAAUACAGCAGUAUUUUUAGAGCAAAAAGGGUAUCACUGAAGGUUGACUGCUACCUGUGACCUUUCCACCUCUUGCUUCAUCAGAGAAUGUCACCAAUAGUCUAUUAACAUAACCUCCAGUGCUCGAAUCAUGUUCUGGCUGCAAACGUAGAUAGAAUAAGCUGUGAUCUAACUAAUGAACAGACCAGAGGCUGCGGUAGAGUUACAUCUCUCUCCGAUAAGCCUCUGUGGGCUGAUGGGUAACCCUGUACGCAUGGCAAAUCUUGCAAAAUGAAAUAAAAAUUAGUAUCUGUACCAAGACAACCAUAUACAUAUUUGCUUAAUUAAUUAUAGGCGGAUUUGGUUGUUAUUCAGAGUACCUAAUUCUCAUUCAAAUGAGCUUAAGAUAAAUCUCCAACCCCCUGUACUAUGUGGAAAUAAAUAGAAUUAGUCACACGUCAGGGGGUCUUCUCAAAACACCCAUGGUUUGAUAUAUUAUUGAGGGUUGGACAUUUGGAAUAUGUAAAUAGCUGCAUAUUUUUGCAUAUCUUUGCCAAAUUGACUAAUAAUGCAAGGGUUAUACACAAAUGAAUAUAAAAAGUUAAAAAUGAAAAAAUAAACUCCAACAUAAUAGCUGGUAAUAAGUGGUAAAAAAAAACCUGUCCAACCUUAUUGAAAAACAAAUAGAGGAGGAUAGUAAUCCCAUAUACAACUUUUAAUUCAAUUAAGCAAAACCAUAUUAUCCAUCAAUAUCUGUAUUAGGAAGAGGUGUGUGUUCACUACAGUUCGUUACUGGUGCAAAUGAGCCAGACUAUAGCCAAAUCUACCAGUCUUCUGCAGCUAAUGAAACACAAAAUCUAACUCAAUUUAUAGACAUAGUAGCACCACAUGGUUUUACGUUAUGGAAACAUUGUAGCAACUGUCACAGGGUAAAAGGUGAAAAUUGUCAGGAAUGUUGCUGAGAUGAUAACAGAGAAAGAGAGAAAUCCUUCAACAUGUCUUCGAGGGUACCGCGACAAAAUUACAUUAUUCAGCAUCUCUAAUCCCCAAAAAAUCAUAAAGCAAAGAAAGUAUAUCACAACUGUAACAGUACAUAGUGAAAAAAGUAGGAACACUAUAAGGUCAUGAACACAAACAUGUAUGCCUGACCCUGUAAUGUUAAAAAACACUACUUAGCCUCCCUGCCCCCUACCCCCCUUAACCUCCUUAAUAUAGUAACACCUUACCUUUAUUUCAGUCUGCUGCUGCUGCUGCUGGCUCUGCCUCUGACCUGCCUCCUUGGCUGACAUUAUUACAAGUGAUGAUCUCAGCCAAUCGCAAUGCUUUGGAUUGGCUGAGAUUGUAAAUUCUGAUGAUCUCAGCCAAACAGAUGGGCCAGAGGGUGGAGCCAAAAGCCACCCUGGCCAAUCAGUAUCUACUCAUAUACAUGCAUUAAAUCAAUCAUGCAUUGAAUCUCUAUGUGGAACGUUCAGCUUCUCCAUGUAGGGGCAGAGACACUGAAUGUCAGUGCUGCACACUGUGCAGCACUGUCCCAGGAAGCACCUCUAGUAACCAUCUGAGGAGUAGUCAGUGGAGGUAUCCCUAGGGGCUGAAAAGACAGUGUUUAAAGCAAAAAGCCUGGGCCUACCGACCCCCUGCAGAGUGAAGGACGUCUAUGACCAAGGCACAAUCACGCCCCUGACCACUCUGGUCCCGAAUACCCCACACAAUAUGCUCCUACGCUUUAGAUAUCACCAACUGACAAGGUUUCUGAGAAGCAUACCGACCCUAAAUUCGGCAACGCGAACACUCUCUGUAUUCGAGACCAUAUGCAUGAACCCCCCCCUCCACACGCGAUAUCGCUACUAUAUCGCAUGCAAACCACCACCACCACUAACGCACCCCUCCCUUACUUCACAAAAUACUGGGAAAGGGAUCUAGGACACUCAAUUUCAACGGAACAAUGGACAACGGUAUUUACACUCACACAUAAAGCCUCCGUCUCCACCAAAUUCCAAGAAACAGGAUAUAAAAUGCUCUCCCACUGGUACAGGACACCGGAAAAACUUAGCAUGAUGAAAACCACAAAUGACCCGGAAUGCUGGAGAUGCGGGAAAGAACUGGGAUCCCUCUUCCACAUAUGGUGGUCCUGCCCCCUUAUCCAGCCCUUUUGGGCAGAGAUCCACAAGAUACUCACAACCAUAACAGAAGCAAACCUACCCCUCUCACCAGACACAUACCUGCUCCAACUUACACAGACCCCAAUCAACAAAUUUAAAAAAACAGCACUCCCACACCUAAUAAACGCAGCCCGCAGCCUCAUCCCGAGACACUGGAAACAACACAUGGCCCCGACUAUCAGAGAAUGGAUAACGAGAGUGGAAGACAUCAGACGCAUCGAGGAACUCAUCCACUCCGCAACGGGACGCAUACAACGUUACCAUGAUGCAUGGUACCACUGGCUCCAAUGGCUCGCCUCCACCGCACCAAUUACGGGGACCACACAACACCUGACAGCAGAGGCAGAUGGGACGGUCCAGACGGAACAGACGGACGACAAUACGGAAGCUGAACCACCGACCCAACCAAACCAAGACGACCACUCAGAGCCGGAGAUGCCCCUUGCCCCGGAGGCGGGGGGGGUUGAGGUGGGGACCCGGGACCUGACACCCCACCCCCUACCCUCCCGCACCUUACCCUCACCCGCAAUGCCCUCACCCCAUUAACCUACACUCCCAUCCCACCCGCCCCCCACAACACACGUUAAAAUACAUGACCAACUGCCGACAGGCUGCCUUGAGAAUGCCACCUACACUCGCAGAAACGCCACCUCCCUUACAGGACAGACCAUACACCACAGCACCCACAAAGACCCACCAUGACCAACACAUAUCGGACAAGGGAUGAACCAACCCAACAAGACUGUCCAAACGCCCAAUACCCAAGUGCACUACACCACGAUACCAGAACCCACCUAACCCUCACAACCCGGGACAGCACCCGCUCGACCAAUACACCCCCGACACUAAUAGGAUCCCCAAACAGACACAGAAGGACACCAACACAGAAGGGACACCCCAACAAGACUACACCCCGACGCAUGACACACACACAGCCACCGCCCACACACAUCAAAGAACAGCGACUAGCGCAAAGGGGACACCCACAACAAACGCGCACACAGGACAAAAACUACCUGACGGACCCUUGACCCCCAAACGCCCCACUACUCGACAACCACUCCCUACCCCCCACCCCAACGGAUCAGUAGAGACGCUCUCAGGAAGCAGGGCUAGACAAGGUCACAGCAGGAGCACUAAAGUUUCUGCCUUAUCGCAGUUUAUCUGCUUCCCAACACAAACAUACCAAUUAAUAAAAUGACUGAAUCUGAGUGUUCUCUAUAGCUUUCAUGUCUAAAACUUGUGAGAAUGGUGAAAAUAUUCUCUUUCUAUUUUUCUAAGACUAGUUCCUUCUUGAAAACUGUCAAUGCUGAAAGAUGUUGCAAUGUAGGAAUGGAAUCAGAUGCUCGCUAUUGCUUUGUAAAAUUGCUCUCUUCACAUAAAUACUAACGAUACCUUUAUACCAAAUGAACAAUAACUGACAUGUACACUAUUUUUGCCACCUUCUGUAUUGAUGCAUAUAACUUUGUAUUGCCAAUUGUUAUGAUGUCAAUAAAAGCAAAUUGAAUGAAAAAAAAAAAAAGCAAAAAGCCUGCAGGGACUGACUAUACUCACCAGAACUAAUACAAUAUGCUGUAGUUGUUUUGGUUACAAUAGUGUUCUUAUAAGCACAUGUAUAACCAGGGCCGGACUGGCCCACCGGGAUACAGGGAAAUUUCCUGGUGGGCCGCGGCACCUGGGGGCCUGGAGAGAGAGAGGGAGCCCUGAUCUCUAUAUUUUAAUAAUAUUGCGGCCGCCGGCCGCAUGACAGAGGGGUAAUAGAGAGACAUAGGGGAUGGGGGGACAAAGAGAGUGGUAAUAGAGAGACACAGGAGAAGGGGGAACACAGAGACAGAUGGGGUAAUAGAGAGACACCAGGGAAGGGGGGACAGAGAGACAGAGGGGUAAGAGAGAGACACAGGGAGGAGAUGGGGAAGAGAGACACACAGAAGGUUUGUUUGGGGGACAAAGAGACACAGUAGGGAAGGGGAACAAAGUGACACAAGAUUUGUGGGAGGCAACGCUGGGCUGGGGAAAAAGAGACAGAGAGUGGCUGGGAGAAGAGAAAGAGGCACACAGAGUCUGGAGUUAGAAAGAGACACAGAUGAGAUUUGGAAGGGGAGAAAGAGACAAAGUGCCUGGGGCUAAGAACAACACAAAAGGGGCUGGGGGAAAGAGAAAUACAGAGGCUGGAGAAGGGUAAAAAGAAACACACAGGGACUGGGAUGAAGUAAAAGAUGCACAAGGGUUGCUGUAAGAGGAAAAAAGGAGACAAUUGGAGACAAGAUACACUAAACGAGGUAAUAGACGUAAAUUGAUGUGAUCCUGACAUAUAUAUAUAUAUGCAUGUAUAUUGAUGUGUGUAUUAGUAACAUAUAAUUAUGCCUAUAAUAUUUACACAUAUAGUAAUAGACAUUUAUAUAUGCAUAAUGCACACAUAAAUGUAAUUAAUAUAUAUAUGUAAUGUAAUAUGUAAUGAGCACGUAUUGGCCCAGUCUUGUUGCUAGUUGCAUACUCAUGCAUAAUAACAUAUUCAAAGUGAAGAGCGCACCCAUAGAACUUCAAAAUAAACAAGAUCACUUCAUUUUUUUUUUUAAUUGUGCAACUGCAGACAUUCAGCAUUUCAGUACAAUUACUAAAAUGUCCUUAAUUGGCCAAAGUAGUCGUACUGAAACAUUGAUUAUAUGAAAAUGUACGUCUACUUAAAAUAAAGGCGCUCUUUUGUUUAUUUUUAAGCCCUAUAUGCGUUCUUUCGUUGGAGUAAGAGUUUUUAAUUCCAAGUUAUUUUUCACCCUCUAUAUCAGCACACUAUGCUGGCGCGACGCAUUAUUGGGCUGGUAUAGAAUUUUUUCCAGGGCUGCUUUUAGUUCCCAGUCUGGCCCUAUUUAUAACGGUACUGCUAGUGGUUAAGUAACCAACCGGUAAAAAGUAGUAGAGCCAGUCUAAAAGUCACCUCCUUGAUAAGCUGGCUGACCAGUGAAAAAAUUGUUGGAAUUCCGACUCCUCAAUUUUACUUGGGAAUGAUUUUUCUCAGCAACUUUCUUAAAAAUUUCAACUUACGCUGUAACAAGCACUACAAUACUUCUCUAUUUUUAGAACGAUGUAGUGGUGACUGUCACGAACGCACCCUACUCCAAGAGUGCACGUGAUGUAGUUGUGGUGGUGAAAGGGUUAAAGUUCACUAUUUGUCUGCACUAGGCCAGAAACAAUGACAAAAUGCCUCUUUUAACACCACCCACACUUAAACAUAAUAAUAUAACUAUUACUAUUUUAACGCUUCCACCAGCAAGACAGUUUAUAAAUGGGGUGCCUUGGUCCCCCAGGUAAAUAAAUAAUAAAACCCACCAAAUAUUACUUAAUACAAUACUUAAGGAAUUGCAAAAAUACUAACUGGUCUCUUCAGGUAACGUGAUUCUUAACCAGACAAAGGCAGAACUUAAAGGACCACUCUAGGCACCCAGACCACUUCAGCUUAAUGAAGUGGUCUGGGUGCCAGGUCCUUCUAGGGUUAACCCAUUUGUUUAUAAACAUAGCAGUUUCAGAGAAACUGCUAUGUUUAUCAAUGGGUUAAGCUUUCCUCCAAAUCCUCUAGUGGCUGUCUCAUUGACAGACGCUAGAGGCGCUUGCGUGCUUCACACUGUGAAAAUCACAGUGAGAGCACGCAAGCGUCUAUAGGAAAGCAUUAUGAAUGCUUUCCUAUGCGACCGGCUGAAUGCGCGCGCAGCUCUUGCCGCGCGUGCACAUUCAGCCGACAGGGCGGAUCGGAGGAGGGGAGGAGGCAGAGAGCUCCCCGCCCAGCGCUGGAAAAGGGUAAGUUUUUACCCCUUUCCCCCUUCCAGAGCUGGGCGGGAGGGGGACCCUGAGGGUGGGGGCACCCUCAGGGCACUAUAGUGCCAGGAAAACUAGUAUGUUUUCCUGGCACUAUAGUGGUCCUUUAAUAAAUUAAUGUUUAUUAUGAGCACAAAAUAGUCACAGUGCAUAUAACAAUAUAUGAUAAACAAAUUAUUUAGAAAUUUUGCACGCCCCGCCCACGAUCCAAUAGGACGGACAUCCCAAUUCCUGCCACACGGUUUAAGUUGUGCAACUCAUGUUUAGGCUUAAUUAAGAGAUUGGGCUUGUCCCAUUUCAAAUAUAAUAAAAAUGAGGCUUAAUUAUUAAACUGUGGGCAAGUAUUAAUGUUUCUCUUGGAUAAAAUACUGGAACACAAGGAUCUUCAUGAAACUAAUCCCAUUACCAUAUCAAAUGAUUGAACUAUCCUUUACAAGGUAAAUGCCAAAUGGAUGAAGAGUCAUUCAGACUUUUCCCAAGUGUAGAACCUCACACCUUGCAGAGCCUUGAUUACUUCACAUCCAUAUAGUGAAAUCCUUUUCACAUUGCUAUGCCAUUCACACUACCCCUUCUGUCAUCUGACCUCUGUGGGGGUCCCAGCUUCAAAAGAUGUAACCCCUUUUGACCUCAACAAUACCAUCUCUGUAAUUUGUGCCAAUUACUACACAAAUUACAUUAAAGGAUAAUAUUCCAUAGUGUAAUAAUAAAUUAUACACCCUUGCCGUGACAGUGACACUAUGCAUAUACAGUGAGUCAAAUUUUGUAGUGAACAUAUUAUUAUACAGAUGUUGAUAGAUAGUAUAUGGAUUUCAUUAAUUGAAUUAAAAGUUAAAUAUUAUAUGGGAUUACUAGCCUCCUCUGAUAAAUUCCUGUAGAGGUUACUCCCCAUUCUGGAGCAUCUCUUAUUUUUAUCACAUUAUCUCCAUUUUUUGUAUCAUUCCAAAAACCUUAACUACGCAUUCUCCAAGGAACUCUGAAAUAUAUCUACAUCAAAAUCUUACUAACCAUUCCGGUAAAAAAGAAAUUUGCAUAGAGAGUCAAAAGCCAGGAAACAGCGACAAACUAUAUUAGAUUAAUUUGAUUAUUUGAUAUUUAGCAUCUAUGGUAUUUGGGUAGCUCUUUGUUCUGGAUACUUUGAGGUAUAAAUACUGGAAAUGGUGUGACAGACAAGAGAGGAGGCAUUCCUGUGACUCUAACCCCAUGACUAAAGAGAUGUUGGGGGCAAGCAUGACUGAAAAAAAGAUCAGCUCCACUCAGGGUAGCCCACAGUUAAACAUUGACCCUCUCUCGUAUGGGCUUAAUGUCAUGUUGUACAACGGGAUAGACUUAUGAUGUGCUCACAUUACCUGGGUGAAAAUUCAAAGUGAAUUUCAAAUUUGCGGCCAGAGUAGCCAAACUGAAAGCACAGCCGGCAAAACUUAAUUUUUCCAUUUUGAAUAUUUUUACCUUAAAUUUGAAAUUCUCACAUUAGUGAAUAACCCCCUGUGGUUUUGUGACAUUGUCUCUGGUUUCCCUAGAAAGAAAGAACUUACACCAGUCAACUCAAACUCUCACGAUUCUCUGGCCAUCUAUUGCAUUCAAAGAAUUCUGGGAGUUCUAGGCCAAGUGUUUGAGAACCCUUGUUUGGAAGCACUGUGGAAGUUCUGUAUUGGUGAUAACUGCAAGCAUUCCUGAUCACUAGUGAUUAUGGGUCAAAAAUUCCCUCGUCAUCUAUUCAUUUAUUCAGGAAACGAUCCGCCAUGGAUGAAGCAGGAUUACUAUUAGUUAUUUAGGAACUUAUUGUUGCAUAGGACUAGAGGAUGAUAUCUCAGCAGUGAGCUACAUAUUGGGUGCAUGGAUGUGUAAUUUGGAAGUGACAUCACCCAUAGCAGCACACUAAUAUGUCUGCCAGGUACUGUUAAAGUUAUACCGCAAGAUAAACCAGCUGCUUCAAUGUACCUAACGCUCCAGGCACCAUAACAACUACAUCUAAGUUGACGCUCUCAGCCAAUCAAUGACUCCCCAUUCACAAAACUGGCUUUGAAAAGGUAUGUUUUUUUCCAAGCCAGUUUUGUGAAUGCGGCUCUCAGCUAAUCAGCGGCACCCCUGCCUGUCAGCACUCUGCUUUUCCUGAAACGGUUUAACCCCUUGAGGUAAGAGUGCUCCCUGGGGUCUCCUGGCACCAGAAGGCACCAUAACCACUUUAUUUAGAUGAAGUUGUUAUGGUGCCUAAACUGCCCCUUUAACAAAAAUUCCUGGCAUUCUGUACGUUUCAAUAGACAUACACUUCACAACUUUGUACUGCAAUACCCAUCAUCCUCAGAAAGCCAUGUCAUGAUGUCAUGAGAUGGACAAUUAUCCGCAAGACGGAGAGAAAGUCAAAGCCUGUGAGGCAGAGAGAGAUUUUUACCCUAGAGACACCUAAGUUAACUUGUCUUAAUCUGUUUUGCUUUAUCUAGUGUCUUGAAAGGGUUUGGAGUCCCCACACACCUCUAUCGGGGGAGGCACCUUUGGAGCGCAUAACCUACUAAACACUUAUGUUAACAGCUGUAUCCCAUUUUCUGUGUAUAUAUACCACUUUAGGAAAACCUCUUGCAUUUGGCAAAAUAAUAACAAAUUGUAAUUAACGCUAGCUCCUACAUAACGACAAAACAAUAGAAAACUGUAGUGAUUAUGGUGCCAUGAAUCUCCUGACACCAUCUCACUGUUAAAGGGUUGUUCCAACCAAAUAAUAAAAAAAGCCAACUAAUAAAACACAGUUUUAUCGGGUAAAAGCAAUCCUUUACAAAUUGCAAAUUACAAAUUGAAGAAAAUACUUACCUUGAAACCAGUACUGAGGCCAAGUUCUCCCCGCAGCUUAAUCCUCGCUCUGUGACAUAACUCCCUCUCAAUCUAGGAGGAGGGAUAUCCCAACACAGGUCUGAGGGAGGACUUAGGCCCAGGGUUGUAUGGAGCAGGGUGCCAUGCUGCCAUUGAUGACGGACACCUUCUGUGCAUAGAUUUAGAUUAUAGAUUAGCCCAGUCUGCUAAUGACAGAGGGGAAGUUGCACCUCCAGCAGUCAAGUAUCUUCGUAUUCACAGUGCACAUACAGACUCCAAAAACUGUGACCUCCUUAAAUCACUAAAGUGGUCAUGAUACCUGGAGUAAUCCUUUACGAGUCAAACCGUCAUUAAAUGGUUUGAAGGUUCCCUGGGGUCCUGCUCCUCUUCACAGGUAUUGCUAGAGAACCCAGCUACUUCUGCACUACUGAUAUCAAUUCCAUCUAUCUUCAGAUGGAAUGUAUUGGCUGAGAGUGUCAAACUACUCUCCUAAGUUAAUGAACUGAUUUAGCAAGUACAGAAAAGGAUCUUCCACUUUAGCUACAUCUGUGAACAUAUACUGUCUCUCUCAUUAGGCAGUAUGUUAAGAGACUGUAAAUGGCAAAUAAUCCACAAAACAAAGUCAUUUAUUAGAGCCAUUCAUAGAACUAAGAAAAUGGACCUUAUUAUACACAGUAUGCACAAUAUGAUGAAUAAGACAGGAAGAUACUCUUUGACCAGUGGGUGUAGAGAGGAUAUUGGUGUGGGUAUCAUCCUUGAACCUUUCAAACAAAACAAUAAUAUGCAAUCACAGAGCUGUGCAGCUACGGCAACAUUGUAUGGUUUAAAAGACUCUAUUGUCUGUAAGUGGCAAUUUAUUCUAUGAUUCCAUUGUUUAAUUGAUUCUUCUAUUUCUGCAGGAGAACAUAAAGAGACUGACACAUGCUGCCGGACACAUGACCAGUGUGAACAUGUUAUCCACCCGUUCUCAUACAAUUAUGGUUACAGAAAUCUCCGCUGGCACACCAUCAGUCACUGCCAGUGUGACACCAAGUAAGUCCAAUGUGAUCAGGUUCAUGUUUUCUAAUAUCUGCAACCCAGAUAUCAUAAAUGAUACUAAACCUCUAAAUAAGACUUGUUCUUAUAUGGCAGAACCAGCUAUUAAAAUGUUGCACGGGCCAUGUAAAUUAGCCGGCCAUUUCUGCAAAUACAUGUGACAAUUUAUUGUCAGUAUUGUUUGUUUUUUAAAUUGUCCAUGUGCCUUCAGACAAAUCACGAUUCAGGAGAAACCGAACUUUGCUAAAACUAAAGAAAUAAUUGUAACGUGUUCUUGGAGGGGCCUGCUUGCCAGCCUCCUGCCUCAAAACUAUGGCCCCCUGCAAUAGAUCUGGCUAAAAUACUUCUAAAAGGCUCUGUUAGUGCAAUUGGGAUUAUAUGGUUCAGUUCCCGAACAGCCGCACGAACCAGAGACCACCCGGGAGCUUGUUAAGCCUAAUGGACAAUUUGUAACACUUCCCACCGCAGUGUUCUAAGGGUUCGUCUGGGUGGUCGUUGUUCGCAUGAACGACCACGAGGUGACGGCCAUCUUGUUCCUGCGAACGCAGGCAGCGAUGUUUGGUCGUUGAGUUCAUGGAACUGUUUACGGACAGUAAAACCGCAAGACUUCCAGGAUCGCCUGCGUUCAGUUUUACACAACUUCGAAGGGCACUGUUCGGUGGAAACGUUCCCACGAACAAGGUGAACCAGCUCCAAGGUAACAACAUUGACUAUGUUCGGUAGUUUGUUCAGUUUUUAAACUACCGAACUAGAUCGACUACAAGCACUGAUUCUCUGGUACUGUUUUGGGCAUGGGAACCGAUCUGGGUGAUUUUUGGAUAUGUUGGUCACCCAGAUCGGGGCUAUCAGGGGAUGUUGGGGUUUUGUGUGUUUAAAGGUAUUUUGGGGGUUUUGUAAAAAUGUAUGUUUUCUGUGCCUGGAGAUAAUUGAGUUUAAUAAAGUGCUUGACUCAAUAAUCUCACAGGCACAGAGGAAGGAUUACCUUGUUUUAUGUGUCCUGGACCUGAGAGCCAAUGUAAUUGUGUGUAUGUUUUUACUCUAGUCCACUCUCAGGUUCAGGGGGGAGUACCCCUUGCACGGGGACCUGCAUAUGAGGCCAGUUGUGGCUGCCAUUAAACAGUUCCUGCUUACCCUCAACAUAGAGUCUAAUUUCAUGUUUGUAGGGAACCGCUAUACCUGCUACAAUCACCAGCUCCUGUAAGAGCUACACUGCUAUAAUGCUAUACUCUCUUGGAGGAGAGGUCUUCUCACUGGGAGCUAGAUCCAGGAGUUUGGUCCAUGGUGAGAAGGGACGGCGAUACCCCAAGCUGCGGUGCCUAUGGUACUCGGCGACAGCUAGGAAGCAGCUAUUGGUGGAGGCACCCAGUCGGGGUGCCAGGCGGUCCGCCACAGGCAUAUUGCAUGGAUGGGACACAUUUACUUUAAUUUUCCAACCAUUCAUUCCAACAAUAGCUUUUAGAAAAUCACUGAAGUUCUUGUUUAAAUAACCCAACCCACACCAGGUUUAUGGCCAUUUCUGAAUCUACCCAGGUAAUGAUAAUCGCGUUAUGCUCUAAUAUUUAUCAAUUUGCCGGGAAGGGGACAGAAUUAAGAUGAACAAACAGCAAAUAAUGUAAAAGUGCCAAAAAUGCAACCACAAUACCAUGUGCUCAAAUAGAUGCUAGACAAGAAUCAAACCAAAAUACAAAUAUGUGGAUGCCAUUCUAUAUUUGCAUUUAGACAGAAUUAGUGUAACUUGCAGAUGAUAUUCUGUUGGGGGAGAAACAUAAACUAUAGCAGCUAAAUAGAUAAAUGAAAAGUACCAAUUGCUAGGAGCACUAUAAUUAAGAUUUCAUGACUUUUCUCAUGGUACUUUUCCUUAUCGAUACACAUUACAAUCAGCGAGACAUGGAUGGGUUUUACUGUGUCUCUGGAAUGAAAUCCUUUUUCUCACAUCUGCUAAAACCCCCUGAAAUAUUGAAAGAAAAUGAACCAGUUAAUUGGAAUUUAAAAAGUGCCUCUGCACUUAGACAAAACUCUUGGAAACUCCCUUUGAUAAAUGUGAUAAUUGUCUAUUAAACGUAAUUCUUAUUUUGUAAUAUUCCUGUUAUAUGGAGGGCACAAACCAGUAAACGUAACUACCAGACUUUGAGAAAUAGGUUUGGGGGAUUUUGCUGUUUCUAUAUAUGUAACCCCUCUCAAUUAAAAUACUUAUGCGUUUGCGCCAUUGAGGAGUGAACCGCGUUAGGCUAGGUUUGUGGGGGUUGCGCAUUGAAAUACUGUUAUGGACUAUUUUAGUGGAAAUAAUCAUAAUGAUAAUAAUAAUAAAAUAACUCAUACUGACUCAGUUGGAACUCAAUUGAGAUUUUUUUUCAUUGAAAUUCGAACGCAAUGCACAGUUAUGAGACAAAAUAGGGAAUACUUUGUCUUAUGGUAAAGCCUUAAGAUGACAAAAGUUGACAAAACGUGGAGCUCUGCCGUUAACUUUUGUAAAAUCUUAGCAGUCGUCACAAGCAGCAUAUCUAAGAAUCAUGCAUCGUCUCGCUCAUUGUUGACCUCGGUGUUGCACUGAUGGGGAUCCUAGCAAAUGGAGUGCAAGGAGCUAAAAAACGAUCCCCUGGACCAACAAGAUGGCAGCAGUCGCAAGCAACAUCUUCAGGUAAGUAUAACUAUCUUUCACUGCACCCCAUAGCCACCAGACCCAAAUUGGAGAUUUCACCUUCAGGGUUCUUUACAAAAUAUGGGAAGACCCCUGAAAAUGAAAGAUCUACUUUAACAUGGCUUGUAGAUGUGGCUUUAACUUAAUAUCCUUCUUGUGCAAACAGUAUAUUGGAUACGAUUUUACAAUUGUUUGGUUGAAACGGCAAACUCACAUGGGCAUAUACAACACGGCAAUAACAUUUUAAAUAUGUUUCACGUUUCUAUCCCCAUCCUGAUCAUUUUAUCACACAAAUUCUUUGCAUGGCAUCAGCUUGGCAAGCCACUCUAAUAAUUAUGCAAUAGAUACUAAAAUAAAUAUUUAAAAAAAACUUUGUAACCUUCAGAGAUAUCUGCCCGCCGCUUGGAAUGUUUAAACAGUGCUUAGCCUACUGUCACAUAGUGUAGUUAUGACUCCACAGAAUAUCUAAAUACACACAGCUUUGUAUUUAGUCUUUGUCUGUACAGACAUCCGGAUGCUUUAACAGCAGCUCCUGUUAAAAACACAAUUUUAAAGCUUAUUCACAAAAACCUGAAUUGUCAGGAAUUAAAUGUCAAUGGAUGAAUUGCGGCAGCAGGUGAAUUGGAAACAAAACUCGGUUAUUUUUCCAGUUUGACUGCUUUUAAAUUCACUUUAGUGUAGGUAUCUAGAUAUGGUGACUGUUGCCAGGAAAGAUCAACACAUAUUGACGAGUACAAUAAAAGGCACUGUGUAUAGCAGAGGCUGCCAACUCAGAAUACAGAACAUAUGUGCUUAUCCUUCUUUCCUGGCUAAUCAUGGCAGCAUUUAACAUAUGGGUUUAGCACCUCCCUCUAACCUUCAGGACAGGAAACACAAACAAUUAAACAAUUAAUCAUACCUUCCCCUGGUAUAAUAGGAACCCCAUCAGCCAUCACACCUCAGUCUUUUUUCCUGUCCUCAUAGCCCUAAGACAGUUGUUAAUUUGUUCUCUCCCUGAAUUUCUACGGUUAAAACUUUUUUUUAUGCUCACCUGAUCAUGCUGCUAUGAUCUUCACCCUAUGGAGGUCAACCUCCCUCCACAGGAAGCCCAGGCACAUGUAGCCCUUUCUCUGCAUGAGUGGGGAACCCUUGGGAGCCAUGGUGGGUAGUCCCCCUGGCAUCUGGAGCCUGUGUUCACCAGGAUAAAGAAUCCAGACCUUGAUCAGAUGAUCAUCCGUCUGGUAAGAUGCCCGCGCAUGUGCAAUGGCAACGGCCAUAUUUUCGGCAUAUUUGCCCUCAUCCAAGAUGGCGGAGCUGCGGACUUGCGGCUAAUCGGCGCAUGCAUGCCUCCUUAAAGGCAAAGAGCUGGAAAUUUGAAAAUGGCGUUUUUUCCAGAAAUUAUCUAGUGUUUUCAGUUCCUUUGGUCUUACACUGCUCUCUAAGUGCCUUAUUCAUUCUCUGCAGGUAUGUUUUAUGCUUUAAUUUACAUAAUAACACUGCUCUUUCAAUGAAAUGACCCUUUCAUCUGGUGUAUGUUUUUCCCCCCAUUCCUCUCAUUCAUGCUGUGCUGAGGAAGAUUUCCAGAGAACGUUGCAGAGUGAUUACUGUAAUCCCUUUCUGGCCGAGACGUCCUUGGUUUCCUCUUCUGAAGAGGUUGGCGAUAGAGGAACCUUGGGAAAUUUCGGUCACAGAAGAUCUCCUGACACAAGGCCCAGUGGUUCAUCCAGAACCUUACAAGCUCAGGCUUCAUGCAUGGCUUCUGAAAGGCAAUCCUUAAAGGAACAGGGUUUAUCGGACCAGGUGGUCUCUACCCUUUUAUGCUCCAGAAAGAGCUCCACUUCCUCUACCUACCACAGAAUUUGGGAAGCCUUUGCGAUAUGGUUAAAUUUAACCGUGCAGAACAUGAGUCCUCCUACGAUCUCUCAAGUCCUGGGUUUCCUACAAGCUGGCCUGGAGAAGGGUCUUAGUCUUAACACCCUUAAAGUGCACUGCUCAGCUAUCUCUGCUCUUUCUGGCAUUCGAUGGGCACUUCAUCCUAUGGUGGUUCGCUUUAUCAAGGCUGUUUUAUGUAUUAGACUUCCUAUUAGACAACUGGCGGCUCCUUGGAAUCUGCCUCUGGUGCUUCAGGCUCUCACAGAUCCUCACUUCAAACCUAUUGGCGAAAUUCAGAUGCACAUCCUUUCUCUGAAGUCCCUAUUAUUGCUGGCUCUAGUCUUUGCUAGAAGGAUGUCUGACAUCAGAGCUUUAUCAGCCGAGGAACCUUACACUUCCUUCUUCGAUGAUAGGGUCAUUCUCCGCCCGAGACCUGAAUUUCUUCCCAAGGUGGUUACACCUUCCCAUCUCCAACAGGAGAUUGUCGUGCCUACCUAUUUUCAGCAUCCUUCUACUCCUGAGGAGUUAAGGUGUAAAUUGCUGGAUCUUAGGAGAUGUUUGCUGAUGUAUAUAGAACACUCAGCUGCUUGGAGGAAAUCCUCUAAAUUAUUUAUUAUACCUUGGGGUUCUCGUAAAGGGGAAGCCGCUUCUGUCUCCACUCUUCGUUCCUGGACAGUAUCUGCGAUUUCCAAGGCUUAUAAAGCUAGGAAUGUUCCUGUUCCCAAAGGCAUCAGAGCUCAUUCCACAAGAUCCAUUGCUACCUCAUGGGCUGCAGAGUCAGGUGUUCAUGCAGAGAGCAUAUGUAAGUCAUCCCUAAAGACCUUUGUGAAACACUACAAAGUGGAUGUGGCUUCUUGCUCGGGUUCGGAGUUUGGCCUGUCUGUCAUGAACUCAUUUAAUCAGAGCUGAUUUAUUUAUUGAACUAUUUUGUAGCAUGUAUUUACCUUCCUGCGUCAUUAUUGCUUGGGGAAUCCCAUAUGUUAAAUGCUGCCAUGAUUAUCCAGGAAUACGGAAAAUUUAUUCAUACUUACCGUAAUUUUCUUUUCCUGGCUAUUAUUCAUGGCAGCAUUUGGUUUUCCCACCCUCUUUUUGGAUAUUCGUCUUGUUACUUGACUGAGGUGUGAUGGCUGAUGGGUUCCUAUUAUACCAGGGGAAGGUAUGCUUAAUUGUUUAAUUGUUUGUGUUUCCUGUCCUGAGGGUUAGAGGGAGGAGCUAAACCCAUAUGUUAAAUGCUGCCAUGAAUAAUAGCCAGGAAAAGAAAAUUACGGUAAGUAUGAAUAAAUUUUACGUAUUAGUGUUACCUCCUAGCAGCAAACAAAAGGUUAACUAGAUAAAACAAAGUAUGAAACCAGUAAAUGAAUCAGUGAACAAGAUUCCUGACAUGCCCCUCCCGUAUUCUCCUCCUUGCUGCUGCCUCCCAGGUGAGUCUGUUUCAGUUUAGUUUCCUAAUUGCGCUUUCUUUUUCUUAAAUGUUGUUUCUCUUCUAGCUCAGUUUUUUUUUUUUUUACUUUUCCUAUUUCUCUGCCUGGUUUCAUCCUACUUGGCUCAUGUAUUUUUCUUGUUAUUUCCCUUCCAUUUUUCAGUAGCACUGGGUCUAAUAUUUUUUUAUUUUUAUUUUUUUUUUUGUCAAUCUGUAUUUUAUUGAGGCAUAUUAGAUGGGAUACAGAAUAGAGAGAGGGAAAUGUGCAUUUAGAAUACAGUACAGGGCUCAAUAACAGUGGUAUCUAACAUUUCCUUAAUAUUUGUACCUCUUUUUUAUGUUUUAUGGUUUAACGUUGCUAUUGUAAACAGGUUUAGGCAAUAUGCAAUUCAAGUCGCUUAACAUUAACUAGUUAAAAUAGGUUAAGUGAACAAGUUUUGUAUAGGGUGAUUGCGCAGGCUCAGUAGUUCCCUGUUGUGUAGAAUUAACUCAAAUAAUAAUAACACGCUAACAUAAUAAGCGAUUAACUGCUUGCAAAUACUAACAAACCUAUAUCCCCGGGCACCCCCCACUGCUAUCUGUCAUACGUGCGGUGGUAUAUGAGCAGACAGGCUAACGUCCCGGCUCCAGCAAAUACCUAGAACAUGGAUGCCCUGUGUGAGGUGAGACAAGGAGCUUGCUAGAUUUGUCAGGUUAUGAGAUGUGUCACAAAUAGAUAGGAACAACACAGGGGUUCCACUUAGUAUUAAAACAUUGUUAAUCUGGUUUAUGAUGUUACCACUGCUUGGGUGAACAAUUAUUCUAACAUGGUAGUAUCUUAGCUAGGCAUUAGGUUCUACUGCAUGUUUUAAUAUAUAUAUAUUGAUGUCGCUUUUAAAGUAUUUUCUCCAGUUUUGCUCAAUUGAGCAGGUGAGGUACACGUGUAGCUAUGACAAAACUGCAUAAAGCAGCAUAUGAUCUGCACUAGGGCUCAGGGUCAUUUAGUGUUAGGUAAACAGGCUAGGUAGGGAGACAGUUAGAGUGCCAUUGGUUACUAGGCUAGGAACAUGUAUAGACAUAUAUAGUGACAUGACAUCUAUAACCAUGGGUUAUUUCUGCAAGAGAUGUCCCUGUGGGGAAUUUGGGAAUAAUCAGGUUCCGUGUGUAUUGGUCCCCGGAUGGUAGUUAUGGGGGUUAUAGUCCCGGUAACAUAUAGAUAAACAAUAGUUUAAACAUAAGAUAAAGCAAACACUUUGCUCAAUGAAAAGUAUAUGUUGGUUCUGCAUAUUUUCAAAUGGUAGUUAUGUCGAGCUAGGUCAACUAUACAGGCUAGUGACUUCAGGCUAGAACGUGCCAGGCGGGUGUGCCUGGGAGUAAACCGGUUAUUUAAACAUUGAGUCUCGCAUGCAUUGAGACCGUUAUGCCACUGGGUCGUGGGCCUGGGCAUAGGGGACUGUGCAUCUGAGUAAGUCAAAAUUAUAAGCAACUAAACAAACAAAGCCUAGCUAGUUCCACCUCGUUGGGUAAGCUGUAAAUUAGCUUAGGUUACACUUAGGUGAGUAACUAAGGAGACAUACAGUUAUUAAUACUUUGCUAAGUCUUAUGCGGUGAGGCUUAGGCCUGAUGUGUCAGUUGCAAAGCUAGCACUAGUUUUGAUACCGGUUAUAACACUUGCAAUGAUUAGUAGGAGUCCCGGGUGAUGGGCAUUGCAGUUGUCCGCUUGAGAAAUCAGCCAACGCCACAGGGUGGGAUGGCGGUGCAAGAGUCAAGGGCCAGUUCAUCAGGCAUUGGGGGGAGGCCCCCUCUAACCUGCAUUCGGCUAGGAGGUUGUCCUGCUUUUCUUGCCUGCCCAUUCCGACCAGCCAGUCGCUUUAUCCUCCUUGUUGCGUUUCUUCUCCUAUCACUCCCGGGUGUUUUCGCAUAUCUUCGGCCCGAGGCCUUAGUGGGGGCCCUUACCACAUGUCCAUUGGCCCCAUCAACAGGGUCGUGGGCCCAGGGUUCCUCCGGGUCUCGGUUAUCUCCCUGGGUGUAUGGGUGGUGGUGGAGAGCUACCUCCCGGUGAGCUCCCGGCUCGGAAGAAGAGUGCGGUCGGGUACCGGGUGUGCGGAGUGUUCGCAGCACUCCGUGGUUACGGUUUGGGGCUAGGUGACCUCUCCUGUGGUGGCUUUUGUGCGGAUGACGUGUCCUCCUGCGGCGCCAUCUCGAGGCCCUGUGUGGGUUAGGAUCAGUUUGUUUGCGGCUGUGUUGCCUGUGUAUCUCGUUGUUCAGGCAUUGUAUUUGUUGAAUCUGCUUUGCCCUGAUCUCCAGUUUCGCCCAAAAGGCCUCAAAUAUAGCAUGUAGUCUGGCCGCGCAAUCCGGCGCUCCUGUAUGGCAUUCCGAUGUCUUGCACAGUGUGCGUACCGCCGCCAUUUUAGGUGUGCCAUGUGCUCGGUUGUCCUGGCGUUGCUGCUUGUUACUGCCCCUCCAGUUGCUUAAUGUGGACCGAGAUGACCCCCGUCGGUCCAUAGGGGGGGGGGUAGGAGGUGAGUGCCCAGAGGUAUCCACGUCCAGGUCAGUCAGCGCGGGGAGCGGCCGUCUCCCCGCAGCUCGAUCUCCGGCAGGCCUCGGGUUAUAUGGUCGGGUCCCCGGGGGGUUGCAUGCUUGGUUUUGGUAUCGGGUGAGUCCCCCGGGUGUCCCCGUCAUGAUAAAUGCUCUCCAGUGAGGGAUUGUGCCAGUUUUUGGGGGGAUUACCCCCGAAAAGUGCAGGAUUAGGCAGGAGCUGAGAUGCAGCACAACCUCUCAGUCUGGGUGCUAGGCUCCGCCGGGUCUAAUAUUUAUUUCCUCUCUCCUUUACACUCUGCCUGCGAUCAUCAUGGGUGGGGUGGUGCCCUCUCUUUCGGUUUCGGUUUCUCCUCAAAAAGACUACUACAGUCUUUGCUCCUCUAUUUCCCAUUACCCACAGAUCACCUUCACGCGUCAGCAAUUUUUUUUACCCAUUUACAGUGCUGCUGGACUCUCAUUCGGUUUGUUCCAUCAAGCACUCCUACAUGGAUUAUCUACUAGUGGAGUGGAGUGUGACCCACCUCGUAUUCUUUUGUGGCCCUGGGUCUGGCCUGGAGAACAAUGGUGGGGUGACCACCCAGAUUCCAGUUUGGUUUACCCUUUUUUUUAUGUAGGUUAUCCUGCAAAGGCUGAAGAGGGUGAAAUCACCAUCCAUGAAGGCAUGAAAUCCUUGCCUUAUACUGUAAUCUCCGAUUCAUUGCCCAAAGCUCUGGUGGAUUUCCCGAAUCUUCAAUCUUUCACAACUCCAUUUUCUGCUCCUCUAUCUUCCUGUAGACCACAGGAGUUGGAUUCAGAUGAAUCUUGGCACUCCAAAGCUGGACCUUCUCAGCAGAUGUGUCCCUGGAAGGGUGAAGGCUUUGUGACUUGUAAGGGUAAAGACCCCACCAAACUUCCUAAAUGGUCUUCUAAACCUGUCCUAUGUGAAUCCCUGGAACCCAAGACAUUACAAAAGGUAUGCUCAUGCAGGAUUAUGAUCUGCUAGACAUAUAAAGUGCCGGACAGUGUGAUGAAGCUUGAAUAUAAAGAGACAGACACUGAUUUUGUAUGAGAAACUGUGGUAGAUGAGCCCCCCCCCCCCCCUUUGAUCCAUCAGCUUCUUCCACCAAACCUCAGUCUGGCAGUGAGCCUAAUAUCCAAAUAUUGGAUGAGGACAUGGCCCAGGUAGAGGACUUGAACAGGGCUUUAAAUCAGUCCAGGAUCAGAUCUUUCUAGUAGUAGAUGACGUUCUAAAUAGUUGUUCUCCGUUAGCAACAAGCUGCAGUUUACACCUCACUUAAUAAAUAUCAGGUGUCCUUGAAAAAAGUGUUAAACACACCUUGUUUUUCAUCUGGGGCUGAUCGACAGAAAGGCUGAGUUGUCAGAUAAACCAGUAUCCCCAAUACAAGGCUUUGAGUCUAAGACAUGAUGUAGGCCAACACACCCUGGUUGCGGCAACUGCCCUUCUUUCCCAGGAGUGCCGUCUGCAGACAAAGAUCAUUCUCCUAUCAUUGCAGAUCUAAUGCGAGUGAGUUCAGUUUACCAUAUUCCUAUGACAAGUAAAUUUAUUUAUUUUUUAAAUCAGUGGGCUUGGACUCAACUUGCAUCGGACGCCUGGAUUCUUCAGACAUGUAGACAUGUGCAAUUCAUUUUGUUCUGAAUUGAACUUCGGAAGAUUCUACAAUUUAAAAGCAUCAGAAUUUCCACAGAAACUGAAAACAAGCGGGAUCAAUUCUUUUUACCACGGGUAGCAAAUUAGGGAGUUAUCAAGUGAAAGAACAAAAUUAAGAAAAAAGCUUUUCGUUAUUUUGAGCUUUCAGCUGUUUAGGAGAUAGCUCCCUAAUUUUCUAUCCUAACAUGACAAUUCCACAUUUAAGGAUAUCAAAUUAGGGAGCCAUCUACAAAACAAUAGAAGGAGCAAAAUUCUGAAAAGGACUUUUCUUAAUUUGAAUAUUUCACCUGCUUAGUAGAUAGUACCUUAAUUUGCUAUUCUUACAUGGGAUUGCUAUAUUUAAGGAUACAAAAGUCAGAGAGCUAUUUACUAGACAGCUGAAAGAUGAAAAUUAAGAAAAGUUAUUUUUGAAUGUAGAUCUUUCAGCAGAUAACUCCCUAAAUUGGUACUUUGAGAUUGCCACCUUCUUUCAUUCCCCAUAGGGAAUAAUGGGCAUCUGAUUUUGGAAAUUAGCUAAAUUUUCAGGCGAAAUAUGGUUAGUUCAAAUUGAUAUUUUCUGAAUUUUAUUCUUCUGCAAGAAUUACUUUGCGAGAGAGACUGUUCCCUCCUCUUCUGGGACGACAAACUUUGAAAAAUCACUUGCAUGUCAUUCGUCCUCAGCUUAGCAUAAUGAUGUUUCACAAAGCUCCAAUACCUGGUCAUGGCUUUCAUCCAAGAGAGAGAGAUUGGUUCCAUCAUCUAUCUUUUAUUAUUUACUCUUGGUUUUUUUCAAGAAUCAGACUCUCUUUGUCAUCCAACUCCUUCAAGAUUUGAGUCUGAACUCACUUCGGUUAAGUUCCUGGGUUUUUGAUUGACUCUGUCUGGUCAGUCUUCAAACUUCCUCCUUCAAAUAUUGCUACCUUCAAGAAAGAAAUCCUGAAAUUGCUGCAUUUGGAAUCUAUCUAUCUCCACGGUCUGGCCAGAAUUAUCUUUCUCCUCCUUCCAUACAGGCUAUAUUUCCAGGUCCCUUUCAUGACAGGGCUAAGCAAUGACUCAAAAGUCAUCUUUGCUGUAUGAUCAGAUGAUUCUCUUAACAGACUAAGUACAUUUUAUGCACGUUGGAUUUGCUGGCUCCUUUCCAUAGCUGGAUUUGAUCCUCCCUUUGGUCCCUAUUGUAUGCAAGGUGUGGCAGCUUCCUCAGCGUUUGAGGCUGGAGGUACUGUUUUUGAUGUUUUAUCUUCAACGUAUUGGGGACAGGAAUAUUCUGCACUUUCUACUUUCACCCUCAUUUGCACGCUUCUUUCCCUUUUUUACCUGAGCAUUAAAAUUGCAAAUAUGAAGCUCCUUGUCUUGUAUUAAAAUGAGAGAUUAUCUUGGUAUUUGUAGUCUAUAAUCUCUAGCUAUUAAUAAAGACAUGAGACAAUAUUUUUCACUCUUUCCCGUACCUUUUCUGAUUCUCCUCCCCCCGCCUAUUUUUUUAUAUUGUGUUACUUAUUACUCAUCAGAUAUUAUUGUUUUGAUAUUCUAGUUGAUGAGUGUUUGCUUAUUGCAUGGUUUUCUCUAAAGUCUAAAAUGAAUACUUUUUUCUCUCCUAGAGUGAAGCCGUUUUCACCUCACUGGUAUCAAGCCAGGAUUGUGCUUGUUUCUCUUCAUUUUGUUUGUUAUGUACUGUUUCUGAAAGUUCUAUGUUCAUCAUGUUUCACCAUCGUCAAAAAUAGAAGAUAUGGGAGGGGGAUGACAAGAGUUUUGUCCAUUGAUCUGUUUUCUGAUUGGUUACUUUGUUUUAGAACGUAUUUGCUGCUCUGACAUAACAGUAAAGAAGGAUAAGCAAGUAUUCACCCCCUGUCUUUACAAAAAUUAGACUAUACUAUCACCAAGGCCAAUAUAAUCUCUAAUGCCCAUUGUUUAGAGGAUAAUUAUUUGUUUUAAACUGAAUAUAUUCUGACAUUUCUGUGAUCUUAUAUUUCAGGCUUAUUAAAUAUAUUAAUGUUAUUGAAGAAUGCAAUAGUUUGCAGCACAAUAUCCACCAUUUGCUGACUUUUGUAUAACUGUCCAUUUGUGUAAUGUUUCCUCUGCUCUCCACUUCCUUUAGGUUUAAGGAGUGCCUUCGCCGGGUAAAUGACACAGCAUCUCGGGUAGUGGGACAGACAUUUUUUAAUGUGAUCCAAGUACCAUGCUUUGAGUUUACACAUAAGGAGCAGUGCUCGGACCGGACCUGGUAUGGCUGGUAAGUUCAAGUCUAGUAUGUGCACUAAUUUAUAUAUACAUCAGGUGAGAGUCCAGGCAUUCUAAUCAUUAAUAAACUACAUACAUAAUUCUCUUACAUGCUGUGUGCACAGUGCCUGCUGAUCAGAUUGUUAUAAUGGGCGAAAUAUCAGAUGUUUUGAACCUAGUAAAUCAGUAAUUUUUCAAUUAGCUAAUCCUUAUUAAGAUGACUAUGAAUUGUAAUAACUAAAUAGCUGUAUUUGUGUGGCAGUGUGAAUCUUUGUGUGUUGUGUUUAAGAGAGAGAGAGAGAGAGAGUGUGUGUGUGUGUGAGUGUGGUAUUGCAUGGUUGCAAAAGACCUGGGGGCUUCAGCCCAAUUGUAAAUUUUAUUAUCAAUCCCACAUAUAUUGACAUUUGCCCCCCAAAACUCCACUCUAUACCCUAAGUCCACCCCUAUUCCCUAACAUGUUCUGUGCAUCACAUUAUGACACCAAAUAUUUAAAAGAAUUCAGAGUAUUAUACUUGUACCCACUGCUUUAACACCCUGGAGCACAGCAAUACUCUCAAUUUGUGUUGCCUAGUAAACAAAUAGGAUGCAUUAAGCUGGCACUAUGAAAAAGUAUGUAAUUAGAGGUGUUAAUGCUUUCACAAUAUUACAGGGGACUUAGGGCUAACAAUUAAAGGGUGCCAAAAUCAGACAUUUCAGGACCCCGCUCAGGGAUUCAGUCUCAAACAACCCCUAUAACAAUGUCCCUGUCUGUCAGUGUGUAGCAGUGUGUGUUUGUGUGUGUGUUUCUUGGAACAUGUAUUAUAUGUGUCUGGGAGUAUGUAUGUCUAGGAAGAUGUGUGUGUUUGGCUGUAGGACAGCACAAUGCUAUUGUGAGAGGUCCCAUGAUUAUUUUUAUGAUUUCAUAGAUAAUCAGAAGAUUACCCUACUAAAUUGUGAUUGUUGUUUUGUUUUAAAGGUGUAAGACAUACAUCAAUGAAACAGUUGCUGUUUCUAAAGAGUCUGGGCUGUUUGACUACGGAGGACAACUUAUUGACCACGUUUACAAAGAGAAGAAUCCCACCACACCACCAUAUGAGGAGCCUUUAACAGAGAGACCCACUCUGGGAAAUGUCAUACAGGCCACAGAGGAUUUAUUGAAGCUCAUGAUGACAGUUACCCCAAGCACAACUUCCGAUCCUUCAACUGUUAAGACCAGCACCCAGAAAAAGAAAGAUAAGAAGAAAAAGGAAAGAAAACACAAAAAAGGGAAAGGCCUCAAGGGUAAAAGGGGGAAAGGUCUUAAAGGAAAAAAGAACAGCCAGUCCAUUAAUGGAAAUGUUACAUCUUCAACAAAGGUCAUGUGGGGUGAAAAUGACAUGAAGAAUGAAAUGAGAUUACAUGAGAAUCAGGCAUUGGACUCGGUAAUACUUGAUCUCGGAGGGAAACAAGAUCCAUUCAAUGAUGUCCUUAAUGAUGAACCCAGUAGACAAGAAGUAACUUCACCACGCACUUAUUUAUCUUUUCUUCAUGGUCAUAAAUCCAAAAACAUGACAACUACGCCUUCACAAGAACUCAAACCAUACACUGAGAUACCACAGAAGAAGAACUGUCGGGGAAGAAAAGGAAGACGACAAAGGAAAAAGAAAAACAAGGCAGAAGAAUCACCUGUUUCUGGAAAUAAACCUGUUUCAGGAAAUAAACACUAGGCAACAAUGUUUUGUUACUGAUGAAGUUGACAUUCAUUUACAGGUUUCUGUUACAUUAACCAGAUUGCUGCUACAUGAGCUUACAAAAUAAUCAGUAGCCAAAUGAUAUACCAUACAUCUCACAGGUCAUACAUCAUAAACUGCUGCUUUCAUUGACAGUAUUUAUAAAUGUAUUUCCUUGGAUAAGGACCUAGAUCUCCUUUCUAUAAUCCUUGUAUGAAUUGUCUUGAUAUUUAUUUUAGGUUCCAUAGUCGUUGUUUUUAUGUACUUGAAUUGAGCGCUACCAACGCUGCAGUCUGUGUGUAUAGUUUUCGCCAGCAAUUAAAGAGGCACUCCAGAUUGGAAACUAUCCCUUCCUUUCUAAUGCAUUGUAUAAAGAAUGCAGGAACAAUCAAUCCUAAAUAAUAAAAGAUACAUAAGCCCCAGAAAUUGCAUCUGCAUUCUUCAGCAUUGCCCACAUCAGGAAGUGGUUUAGCCAAUUAUGAGUCUUUAAUUUUGGACUUUGGAGUCUAUCAAUUAUGUUCAACUCAAAACUGCAAGUUUUAAAUUGCAUACAGGACACUAGUUUUUUUUUUUGUUUUAAUUUGCAGCGAUUACAUUUAUCAUAUAUCACUAGUGUACAUAUAACACUCAAUAUAAAUCUUUCAAAUUGUAUGUUUAUUUUCACACUGUGUAGGGAAAAGACCUACACACCAAGAUCUGCUCAGAAUAGGGUUUUCUGGGACUUGCCAUUUAAUUUUCAACUUUCGAAUAUUUAAAAUAUCCCUCCCAGCCGCUAAACUACAACUUCUGUAACACUGUGCUGUGCAUUAGAAGGAAGGGAAGCCGGGUAAAUGGUGAUAGACUCUCAACCUAUCACUGAGCCCCAAUUAAGAAAAAUAAUAUGUACUCUCGUACCUAUAACAAUUUAAACAAAGAUUUUGAUGUUUGAAAUGAAAUGGCCUGAUUGAUUUUAGAGGUCAUUGAAUUUGCAUAAUGCAGGAAAUCCUUUUUUUUCUCAAAAUCUAUACAUAAUUCAUAAUACAAAACACACAGGUAAUUAUUUAGGCCAAAAUCUAUAAAAUGCAUAAAUGUGUUGGCGCCUGGAGUGUCCCUAUAAUUUAGAUUUUUUUCUCUCUCAGUAUUUAAUUGAAAUGAUUCCUUUUCCACAGAGUAUAUGUUUUAAAGUCAUUCUCAAUCACCACCACAUAAGUUAGACUGUAAGAAAUGUUUGAAGGUAAACAUAAGAAUUGUGCAUACUCAGAGCGGGAGGUACCUGCACAUUUGGACAAGAGUUUAUUUAUUUUUUCUUUCUAUCUUAUUUUGCAAGAAAAAAAAUAAUUAAAAUAACCUAAAGAUCUGGAUAUCUUUUAAAUGGUUACUCCAACCACCAUGAUUACUUCAGUGAUUUGAAGUGGUCAUGGUGAUAGGAGACUGGAUGUGCGGUGUUUCUACUUGAAACACUGCACAUACAGAGAUAUUAGUAACUGAAUGCUGGGGGCUGUGUUCCGGGCUGGCAAAGUUUAUUCUGUGCAUAAAUUAGUCUGUUGUCAGUGCGCACGGUACAUGGCCAACAGACACGGAAAUCUAAAGACCAGCUCUCUUGCCUCCCUCCAUUGCUGGCUUUUUAUUCAUUUUUUUUAAACCUCCCUACCCCUGCCUCACUCUCUGUCUUGCGAGCACAGAGGGUGCGCAUGAAUUCUGAGCUGGCAAUUGGUCCAAUGACAAGUUUUCUUGACUGCAUAAAUCAUGUGCUGGUGCAACUAGCCCCCAGCUCAAAAGUGCAAAUAACUCUAAUUGUGCAGUGUUUGAAACAGAAACACUGAACAUCCCGGCUCCUACCACUAUAACCACUUCAAAUCACCAUUAAAGGGACAGUAUAGUCACCUGAAGAACUUUAGCUUAAUGAAGCAGUUUUGGUGUAUAGAAUAUGCCCCUGCAGCCUCACUGCUCAAUCCUCUGCCAUUUAGGAGUUAAAUCCCUUUGUUUAUGAACCCUCGUCACACACCUCCUUGCAUGUGACUUGCAUAGCCUUCCAUAAACACUUCCUGUAAAGAGAGCCCUAUUUAGGCUUUCUUUAUUGCAAGUUCUGUUUAAUUAAGAUUUUCUUAUCCCCUGCUAUGUUAAUAGCUUGCUAGACCCUGCAAGAGCCUCCUGUAUGUGAUUAAAGUUCAAUUUAGAGACUGAGAUACAAUUAUUUAAGGUAAAUUACAUCUGUUUGAAAGUGAAACCAGUUUUUUUUUUUCAUGCAGGCUCUGUCAAUCAUAGCCAGGGGAGGGGUGGCUAGGGCUGCAUAAACAAAAACAAAGUGAUUUAACUCCUAAAUGACAGUGAAUUGAGCAGUGAAAUUGCAGGGGAAUGAUCUAUACACUAAAACUGCUUUAUUUAGCUAAAGUAAUUUAGGUGACUAUAGUGUUCCUUUAACGUCUAAAUGGCUGAGAAUUGAGCAAUGAAACUGUGUGGACAUGAUCUAUACUCUAAAACCAAUCCAUUGAGCUAAAGUUGUUUUGGUGCUUAUAUUGUCCCUUUAACUCAUGUCCUUCAAAGAGGAUAAUAUCAGGGAGAAAUAUAGAUUUAAAUUUUGUACCAAUUAAUGCUUUCUUCCCCCAUUUUCCCAUUUCUUUGUUCUUUUGGCUCAACAGCUUUAUCAGAAAUGGUUGAAAGGAUGAAUUUAAUUGGAUUCGAUUUUUAAAGUAAAUUACGAGAGGAGCUGUAUGGGCAUUUACAUUUGCCAAUAUUCUUGUAGAAGUUACAUCUCAAAUAUUAAAAAAACAAAAAAACAAGCCCAUUUAAUAUUAUUUAUAUCCACAGAAUGAAAGACAAAUUCAAUGCCCAUUGCAUGGUGUGCCUGUCACUGCUCACCCCGCUGAUGUUAAUGAUUAAUAUUAUCAUACAGUUGGAACCAAAAAUAAAAAAGACAAACCACUUCUUACAGCAUCAGCAAUUGUUUGUGUAGUAGAGGAAAACAGACGAUCAGCACUUUAUUUGGGAGAUGCGUCAUAGUUCUUACCGUUAUCAGCUGCAAAACAAGCUAGUUCUCAACUGUGAUGCAAUAUUAGCAUACAGAUCGAUUAGUUGUCAAUUGACCAAUACUCUGUACAUCUCCAAAAGACAACACAAAAAAAGAUCUAACAUCUAAUAGCUGAAAAUACCAUUACUUGUACAGGAACACUCAGUGCACCAAUACAACUUAUUUGUAUUCCUACCGCUACAGUCCUGAUGCAUCCGGGAUGACGGGCUAAUCCUAUGUUCCACAAAGAGGAGGACUGGGGAAUGUAGGCACAUGCACCGCAGUCACUGCAAUGCACCUAUGAUUCCUUCAUAGUAUUCAUGUAUUGUAUAUGUAUCCAUUGUAUUAAUAGAUUCUCUAUAGCCGACAAAGGCACAAAGUUAAGCUUGAAGUUGCUAGGUACACUAGUAUCACCGGAAAAACGUACUGGAUGGGAAAAGAAAAGAGAUACACUCUAGGCCAAUUACAGCUGCCCAUUACAUUCCAGGCUUCUGCAACCAGGUCUAUGUAGUUUAUAAUAAACCCAUGUGAUGCGAGACAAGCACCAAAGAUACCUUGCAUUCUGCCAAGGAAGGUCUGUCUGUGAUAAAAAAUACACCAUUGCCUUUUUUCUAUGCUACAUAUCUGGUUAUUAAGGAGGGCCAUGUGGACUUAGAAUUAUCUGGAAAUGUCUUCAGAACAGGAGUGCUGGACCUCACAUAGUCAGUAUAGCCAUUAAAUUGGCUAUCAUUCACAUAGUCCCCCAACGGUGACUUUGCAGCUGGGUGUCCGGUGCCUGGGGGAUGCAGAGGGAGUGAGUUAUACUUGCCUAAACAUGUCUUUUGUGGCCUCCACUAGGCUGUUCUUGCAGGUCCUCUUCAGCUACUGGUGCUUCAGCUGCAGUCUAUGGAGGCUCCAGCAAGACUGCAAAAUGCUCCAUAGACAAUGCCUAGACAAAGUCGUCCAUAAUUUGUCGUAGAAAUAUAGAAUGUGACGGCAGAUAAGAACCAUUCGGCCAAAUUAUCUAAAUACGUUUAUUAGUCUCUUAUAUCUAGGAUAGCCUUACGUUUAACCCCUUAAGGACACAUGAUGUGUGACGUCAUGAUUCCCUUUUGUUCCAGAAGUUUGGUCCUUAAGGGGUUAAACUCCCUCACUGUGUUAACUUCUACCACUUUAACUGGAAGGCUUUUCCAUACAUCCACUACCCUCUCAGUCAAGUAAUACAUCCGGAUAUAAUUUUUAAGCUUUGCUCCCCUAAUUUAAGACUAUGUCCUCUUGUUGUGGUAGUUAUUCUUCUUUUAAAUAUAGUCUCCUUUACUGUGUUGAAUCCCUUGAUGUUUCAUUUUCCCUGGCUCGUCUUUCCUCCAAGCUGUACAUGUUAAGAUCCUUUAUCCUUUCCUGGUAAGUUUUAUCCUGCAAUCCAUGAACCAGAUUAGUCGCCUUUCUCUGAACUCUCUCCAAAAUAUUAAUAUCCUUGAUAUGGUAUCCAGUACUGCGUACAAUACUCCAAGCGAGGUCUCACCGGUGUUCUGUACAAUGGCAUGAGCACUUCCCUCUUUCUACUGCUAAUACAUCUGUCUAUACAACCAAGCACUCUGCUGGCAUUUCCUGCUGCUCUAUUACAUUGUCUGCCUACCUUUAAGCCAUCUGAAAUAAUCACCCCUAAAUCCCUUUCCUCAGAUGUUGAGGUUAGUAGGGUAUGAAAUAUUUGAUACUCUGCCCUUGGCUUUUUACAUCCAAGCUGCAUUAUCUUGCACUUAUUCACGUUAAAUGUCAGUUGCAACAACUCUGACCAUUUUUCUGGUUUACCCAAAUCAUUUGCCAUUUGGCUUAUCCCUCCUGGAACAUCAACCCUGUUACAUAUCUUAGUAUCAUCAGCAAAAAGACAUACCUUACCAUCAAGACCUUCAGCAAUAUCACUAAUAAAAAUAUUGAAGAGAAUGGAUCCAAGUACAGAUCCCUGAGGAACUGCACUAGUAACUAGACCAUGCUUCGAAUAUACUCUGUUGACUACAACCCUCUGUUGCCUGUCCCUCAGCCACUGUCUAACCUAUUCAAUAUUGGAAUCCAAACUCAACGAUUGCAGGUUAUUGAUAAGCCUUCUAUGUGCAACUGUGUCAAAAGCCUUACUGAAAUCUAGGUAAGCAAUGUCUACUGCACCACCCUGAUUAUUUUAGUUACCCAAGCAAAAAAAAUCAAUCAGAUUAGUUUGGCAUGAUCUCCCUGAAGUAAACCCAUGUUGUAGCGGAUCUCGAAUUCCUUAUGAUUUUAGAUGUUAAACAAUCCUAUCUUAGUAUAGUAAAUCAUAGUAUAUAUGGUAAUUACAUCUGAAUUUCAGUGAAAUUCUAACAGUCAAUGUGAGUACUUAAUAAAGAUUGUAUCUUUUUGCAUGAUAAAA